AUGGACGUACUACUCUCUAUACCCGUCAUGAGCUACUUCCUCGCUCCCGCGCCCUCAUUCUCAUCCAUCGGUGUCUCGCUGCUCUUAUACCUCAACUGGCUGACGCUCAUCCUGUCGCACUCGGCGCUCAAGGUCCACCUCGUCGGUGUCCUCGCCCUACGCGUCGUCUUCUGGUUGCUCCCGUCGCUUCUCACCCUGCUCUUUGACGCAUCCCUUCCGAGCCUCGCCGAGUCCAUCAAGCACGGCAGGCGCGCGGGCCUGCCGCCGCGAAACCGCCGCGUGCUCGCCCAGCUUCUCCUGCUCGCCGUCUUCAACACCGCUUUUCUGGUGGCCGUUGAAGGGGCUUGCAGUUAUGCGCUUACCGUGUUGACUGGGACGCCUGAGUUUGUCGUGGCCACGACGCUGCCGCUGCCGUGGCAGAUGGCCAAGCACAUGGCCGUCAUGAUGCUCGCGCGCGAGGCCCUGCAGUACUAUAUCCACCGGUUCCUCCUCCACGGCCGCUCCUCCUCCGUCGCCCGCCUCCACAAGCAAUACGCGCACGCGCAGUCUGGCGCGCCCUUUUCGCUGCAGCUCAUGACCGAUCACCCCGUGCCGCUGCUGCUGCACCGCUUCCUCCCCAUGUACCUUCCCGGCGUCGCGCUGCGGCACACGCACCUGCUCACCUACUUCUUCUUCGUCGCUCUCUGCACGCUUGAGGAGACGUUCAGCAUGUCCGGGUACACGGUCGCGCCGGGCAUCCUGCUGCGCGGUCUCGCGCAGCGCGGUGCGAUUCACUACGCGAGCGGAGGCGCCGCCAACUUUGGCCCAUAUGGCGUCGCGGACUGGGCGCACGGUACGAGUCGCGGGAGAGACGUUUUGGAGGACUUGCAGGACGAGGCGGAGAAACAUCACUUGCCGGAGCGCGCGGGGAAAAAGGUGAGUGAUGGCGCGGGGAUGCUCCAGGAUGGGCUGGAGGCGUUGCGGGGAAAUAAGAGCAAUAAAGCUAGGAAAAGGGCGUGA